AUGGACGUCCAAGAGGAGGAGACCCAAGGGAACAUGGAAGUGACCACGGAGGACCCUGAUCUCCCACGUGGCGGUCUGGGCUUUUCUGCGGGUGAGAGCGGAAGCUACCCCGAUGCCGGACAGGUGCCUCUCGCCCCGAAGGCGGAAGGGUCAGGCACUUCCCCCCCAGGAUUUGUACGCCCAAUGGUGCAGCCAAUGGUGCUCCAGCCGGUGCGCUUCAUGCUGGACCCCGAGAACCAUGCGUUCAGCAAGUUGGUGGCUUUCCGGGCUUCGUAUCCAAGCAUUUCCCAAUUACUUGGUGAAUAUGCUCCAAUAAUGCACCGAGGAGGAGCUGAUGGACUUAUUCUCCCGCUUCAUGCACCUGCCCCUGUCCGAAGCGGUUGCCCGAUGAAGGCACUUCGGGGACGAUCCAAAGAUGGCUUGGGUGCUGCUACCUUGAAGACGAGGAAGGGCACCAAGGUCCCCUACGAACCGCCAUCGGCUUCCUACACUAUGGAGGGGAUAGUCUGGAACUUGGUGCCACUAGAUGGUAAGCCCACUUGGGUGCAGUCACCCGACACAGCGAAGGGUGCCGUCGGCCCCGAGAGCGACGUUGGGACGUCAUCAAAGUUUGCCAAAUCCAUUGAUGCCAUCCAAUUUGCUCAGGCACCAGCAGCGACGUGUUCCUUGGACGAAGUGACCAUGGCUGACGUGGUUCCCAUGGCCUUGCGGAUGAGCAUGCGGGAGGAAGUGCUGGGGACGAGGACGCCAAGGAGGCUGCCGAACUUCUCCUUGAGCAGAAGCGCAACUUCAAGGCCCGACAAGGCUCUGGACAUUCAGAGCAAAGCCAUCCACAAGGCAGACCAGGACGACGAGGAGGGCAUGCAUUCGGUGGCCGACAGCGAGGCCUACAGCAAGGGAGUGGAGAUGCUGCGGAAGACCAACCUGGAGAUCUUGCGCCAGAAGAUGAAGGAGUCGUUGCUGGACAACCAGUCCAACACCCUGGAGGCCAUUGUCCAGAUGACCGCACCAAAGCACACCCUAGUGCUGGAAUUUUUGGAGCUCGUGAUCCAGAAUACUGCUAUGACUAUGACAUCGAAAGCCAUUGAGCGAGCCCUGGGCCGUCUUCAAUGGGCCACGGCGGUGUGCCCCCUGACAAAGAAUCUCAAGCAACCAUUCUGUGCAUUGAAAAUGGCGGUAACCUCUUCAGGCCGACCACCAAAGACGGUUCGUUUGCUGGCCCUGCUGAUGAAGUUCCCCCGGGCUUUCAAAGACGGGAAUCCCAAAAAGAGAAUUGCAGCUCUUGAGCUGCUGGGCACUUUGGUGCUGACACACUGCGUUUUGAAACUUCAAGGUAAGACUGCUUCAGCUGUGAAAAUCCCGGUUGGAAGUGAUAACCAGAGCAGCGUCUUCUCGAGCUACCAGUCCCGUUUGUUUUGGAACAGCGGAUAUUUCGACCUGGCACACCUGGUUGCCAAUGUCCAGACUCCUGGGCUCCAACCCACUGCGGAGGACGUGGAGGAAGAGCACCAGAAGCUACAGUAUGAGCACUUGCCUCUGCCGCAGAUUCAGAAGUUGGUGGCCGGUAUGGAGUCGUUGGAGAUGUUUCCGUCCAUGGGUUCGCUGGGACAUCCCUUCACCUGUGCCUCCCCAUGCAGGCACUUUCUCGAAGGCAACUGCCAGGAUGGCGCCUUGUGUGCCUUCUGUCAUCGCUGCAACCCAAUGUCGUUGCAAAGCACGCCACUUGCCUGCGGGCAACGCUUUUACCUGUAAUAUCGUGAUCUUCAGCUUGGCAUUUGCUUGCUCCCAUGUUGGGAAAUAUAUGAUUUGGACAUGAAACUGUAGGCUGUGAGAAUGUGAAAACAAUUCCACUGGCUGACCUGGGGUUGAUCUGGGGGUUCUGUUUGG